CCGCUGAGCUCAGCCGGAAGUGUCGUUGGUCCACAGUGAUCUGUGGCGGCACUCUGUUAGCUUAGCGGCUAGUUUGUGCUUCUGGGAGUCGAAGUGGAGCUUUUCCAGAUGGGCGACAGCGACGACGAGUUGGACCGUCGGAGGCGAGACAAGUUCAGGCGGGAACGCAGCGACAUGGAGCGGUCCAGAGAGAGGGAGGAGCGGCGCAGGGACGACUGGGCCGACAGGGAGUGGGAGCGCGGCAGGGAGAGGAGGCGGGACUACGACCGCGGCCGCCGGGACCGCUUCUCCCCGCCGCGACACAUCAGCCCGCAGCACAAACGGCUGAGGAGAGACUGGGAGGACCACCGGGGGGAGCCGUACCGCUACGAGCCGCCCUACGGAGGAGGCGGGGCUCCGUUUCCAGGGGCGGGGCCUCAGGCCUGGCACCAUGACUUCCCCCACCUGCACCCCCACCCUGGAGGGCUCCCCCUACAGGGCAGGUUGGGGCUGCUGGACCCGGACCUGCCGCCUCCAGGACCGCCCAGCAUGAGGAGCUUCAAGGAGUUCCUGCUGAACAUGGAGGACAGCGUGGACGAGACGGAGGCGGUGAAACGCUACAAUCAGUACAAACUGGACUUCCGGCGCCAGCAGCUGCAGGACUUCUUCGUCCAGCACAAGGACCACGAGUGGUUCCGGUCCAAGUACCACCCUGAUGACAUCACAGCCAGGAGGGCGGAGUCUCUGGGCGCCCUGCAGACCCGGCUGGCCGUCUUCCUGUUCCUGCUGGACAACCGCUGGCUGGACGGCGUCUCUCUGGACAUGCAGCACGAGGCGGCCAUCAUCAAGCUGCUGGACGCAGCUGUGAUCAAGAUGGAGGGAGGGACGGACUUUGACCUGCAGGUCCUGGAGGCUCCAGCAGGGGGCGGCGGAGACGCAGCAGAGAAGAGCCAGGCGGCUCCAACGGAGGGAAGCGGCGGCGCUCAGAGCGGGCCGGAGGCGGCCGGGUCGGACGGCGCUGAGGGAACCAAGGAACCCGACAAGAACCACGAGGAGCCCGGCAGCCUGAAGGAGGAGAGAGAGGAAGAGGAGGAGAAGACGAUGAAGAAGGGCAGGAAGAGGAAGCGCAGCCUGUCGGCGGACAGCGGCGAGGGCAGCGGCUCCGACUCCGACUCCUCCCACUCUGACAAGGAGGAAGAGGAGCGCCGUCAGGAGAGAGAGGAGGCUCCGCCCACGCCACGCCCCCUGCACCUGACCACCUCCCUGUUCAUCAGGAGCAUCGCUCCGGAGGUCGCCAAGGACGAGGUCACCGCCCUCUGUCGCAGGUACCCCGGCUUCCUGCGGGUGGCGCUGUCGGACCCUCAGCCAGAGCGGAGGUUCUUCCGGCGCUGCUGGGUGACCUUUGACCGCAGCGUCAACAUCAAGGAGACGUGCUGGAACCUCCAGAACGUCAGGCUCAGGGACUGUGAGCUGGCGCCGGUGGUGAACCGGGACCUGAGCCGGCGGGUCCGGACCGUCAACGGCCUGACGCACCACCGGCCCGUGGCGAGGAACGACGUCCGGCUGGCGGCGCGCCUCGUCCACAGCCUGGACCAGCGGGGGGCGCUGUGGACCACGCAGGUACCGAACCGCCCGGAACCCGACCAGAACCAGAACCCGACCCGCUCACCCAGAACGCCUCUGCUCCUGCAGGCGGAGACCAACCCGGUUCUACAGAACAUCACCGACUAUCUGAUCGAGGAGGUCAGCGCCGAGGAGGAGGAGCUUAUCGGAGCCGCCGGCGCCGACGACGACCCCAAGGCCACCGACGUUCCCGUGGAAACGGACCAGAAGCUGCUGCAGGUUCUGGACCGCCUGCUGCUCUACCUGCGCCUCGUUCACUCGGUGGAUUACUAUAACUUCUGUGAGUAUCCUGCGGAGGACGAGAUGCCUCACCGCUGCGGCCUAGUCCAUGUCCGCGGCCCGCUGCCGGUGGCCCGCAUCACUCCAGCAGAGGCCACUGAACACCUGCGGAUGUGUGAGGAGCGUCUGGCUCCUCUGUUCUCACCGACGGAGACGCUGAGCGAAGAGGAAGCAGUUCGGCUGGGAAAGAAAGACCCGGAACAGGAGGUGGAGACGUUCCUGGCGUCCAACACCCAGGAGCUCAGUAAGGACAAGUGGCUCUGUCCUCUGAGUGGGAAGAAGUUCAAGGCUCCAGAGUUCGUCCGUAAACACAUCCUGAACAAACACGGCGAGAAGGUGACCGCCGUCAGACAGGAAGUGGAGUUCUUCAACAACUUCCUGUUGGACGCCAAGAGACCCGCCCUCCCUGAGCACAAGCCCCUCCCACCGCCGGCUCAAGCCGGUCCUCCAGGCAUGGCGGCGUUUCCUGGUCAGUCUCCGCAGCAGCAAAGCCUUCUGGGAUACCCUCCAGGCAUCAGGCCGCCGCUGCCCGGAUUCCCAGGUGUUGGACCCCACCUGGCGCCGGGCCAGUUUGGGCCGGGCCGCGGUCACUAUGACAACUUCAGAGGAGGCGGAGGAGGAGGAGGAGGAGGUGUGUUUCCAGGGAAACAGAGGAGCAGCAGGGGCCUGAGGGGCGACCCGCGGUCCAUCAUCGAGUACAGAGACCUGGACGCUCCGGACGACCUCGACUUCUUCUAGCACAGCUUUCUACUUUUUUAUUCCCGUCUGAGUGUGUGUGUGUGUGUGUGUGUGAGCAGGACCAACAUCAUGAUCUGAUCCAGGAGAGUUUUUCCAAUAAAGACCAGAACAGAAACUCCA